AUGGCCCCGAUCAACCUGUCCCACCGACGGACGCAUAAUCUCCUGCUGAUUUCCAAAUUGCUCAAUUUGAGAGACACAGCGUCCCCGUUUACCCUGCUGCUAGACUCGCUGGAGCAGCCGGCCACUCCCCUGCUCAAAGAAUAUAUCAGACGUGCAAAGCUCUCCAAAGUCCACGUCACACUCAUUUCAUUCGAAACACUCCGCAAACCAGAUGGCGUCGACGCAUUCAUUUCCGCUCGCCGCAAGAGCCCGGCGGAUAUCAUGUCCGAAGUAGCUUCAGCUCACCAGCCUGCUACAACCACCGGUCCACCGCAACGCCGCCUCAUCCUAAUCGACGCCAUAAACCCGCUCCUAAGCUCCAAAAAGCAAGACCCAACCUUCCAACUAGCAUCAUUCCUAGGCUCAUUCAUCACACCCCGCGACCCAUCGGCCCCAAAAGCCGACGCCUCACUAGUGGUAGCAUACCACUCAGACACCCCAGGCCCAAUCCCAACCCAACAAACCGUCUACAAACCCGCCCACCUCUCCAUACUAACCUACCUCGCAACAAGCAUAAUAACCUUGCACUCAUUCUCGCACAUCCUGGCGCAGAAGGCGGCGCGGGAUCGCAGUCUCGUCGCGCCCGUCUUCGGCCUGGAAGAAGAGCAAGAUGGCGUUAUCCUGGGCCGUUUUGAUCGGUUGAGCGGGACCGGGGCUGCGGAGGGGAUCGUGCUUGAACUUGAGCAUCGGAGGAAGAGUGGGCGCGGCGUGUUGGAGUGGUAUAUCCUGCCUCCUGCGUCGCGGUAUUCGGCGGCUUGCGUGAAGGAGGUUGUUUCGCUUUUGGACGAUAAUGUCCUGUAUAAUCCGCCCGUGGAGCUGGAUGCGGGUGCCGGGGAUGAGGAGCCGACGUCGACGUUUGAGCUUGGGCUUACGGAGCGGCAGAGGAGGGAUCGGGAGGGGGUUGUUUUGCCUUAUUUUGAUGCGCAGUAUGGGGAUGGGCCUGGUGAGGGGGGUCGGAUUCUUUAUGAUAUGGGUGAAGAGGAUGAUUUUGAUGAGGAGGAGGAUGAGAUUUAG